GCGGCCUCCAGUGUAGACAUGACUGAAAACUCCAGCAGCAGCGAUGAUGAGCAGCUCAAACGCUGUCGGGAGGCUGUGUGGGACAGUCCUGCUAUUAGAGCCAAAGACGCAAGUAGCAACAAGAAAGCUUCAAAACGAUGUUGCAGACCAUGAUCAUGAUGGCAAUGAGCUCCAAGUCACUCAGGGCUUCCAGAUACAUGUGGCAAAAAAGCUGGGUGCAAUGCUUGACAGUUUCAUAUCAGAAAAGCAGUCCUCAGCCGGACCCAGUGUAAAUACCGAAACAACUGACAAUAAGGAUGAUGACAAUGAAGGUUUUCGUCUGUUCUCCACAUCAGUCCCUGGACAAAAAAAUGAAGAACCAUCUCCCCCAAAACGUCGCCCCAUUCCCAGCUCAAGUGACAGCGACAGUGAGAUGGAAAUACGAUUAAAAGAGGCAGCCAUCUCCAUUAAAGACCUCAUACCUCCAUCAACGUCAGGUCUCCCAACCAACUCAGAGAUGCCAGAGACUCCCACCUUGGAAAUAAAAGAAAACAUCAAAAAGAAAAAGAAGAAAAAGAGGAAACUAAAUCCAGAAGAGAAUGGUCAACAGGACUCAAAAUGUACUAGUGACAAUCCAAAUAAACGUAUAACCCAACACGAUGAAGCACAAACUACAAAAAAAAUGGAAAAAGAAGAAGGAUAGGAAGAAGAAGAAGAAUGCUUCAGUAGGAAACUCGGCGGGAGACGUGUUGAACUAACUUGACACACACUCCAUGCAUAUUUUUAUGUUUAAAAUGAUCAUUGUCACAGUUAAGUUUUUGUAAAUAGACUUUAAUUGUUUU